AUGUCAUGUAAGCUACUCGUGGUGGGCGGAGGGACAGGCGGCUGCAGCAUAGCUUGGAGGUUCGCCCGGAAACUUAAAGGGGAGGAUAUUAUUGUCGUGGAACCGUCUCAGAUCCAUUACUACCAGCCUCAAUUCACGCUAGUCGCGGCCGGCAUAAGCAAGUUCAAAGAGAGCCAUCGACCGCAGAAGUCGGUGCUGCCCAAAGAUGUCAGGUGGAUCCAAGACCGCGCCGUGGAAUUCGAUCCUUGCAACUGUGUGGUGCACACUUGUGGAGGAGACAAGAUCAGCUAUGACUACAUGGUAGUGGCAGUCGGACUGGUCAAUGAUUACGACAAGUCGCAGCCGGCUUAUAAGAAAGCUACCUACAGACAGCAGAAGUCGGUGCUGCCCAAAGAUGUCAGGUGGAUACAGGACCGCGCGGUGGAAUUCGAUCCCUGCAACUGUGUGGUGCAUACUUGUGGAGGAGACAAGAUCAGCUAUGACUACAUGGUGGUGGCAGUCGGACUGGUCAAUGAUUACGACAAGAGCCACAGACCGCAGAAGUCGGUGCUGCCCAAAGAUGUCAGGUGGAUCCAAAACCGCGCCGUAGAAUUCGACCCCUGCAACUGUGUGGUCCACACUUGUGGAGGAGACAAGAUCAGCUACGACUACAUGGUGGUGGCAGUCGGACUGGUCAAUGAUUACGACAAGAGCUACGGGCUGCAGAAGGCAGUGCUGCCCAAAGAUGUCAGGUGGAUCCAAGACCGCGCCGUGGAAUUCGAUCCCUGCAACUGUGUGGUGCACACCUGUGGCGGGAACAAGAUCAGCUAUGACUAUAUGGUGGUGGCGGUGGAACUGGCCAAUGAUUAUGACAAGAUACCCGGCCUAAAAGAGGCCCUGGACAACCCCAAAAGCGGCGUCUCCACGAUCUACGCAUCCGAGUACUGCGAGAAGACUUGGCGCAGCAUCAGGAGCUUCCGAGGCGGUCACGCUGUGUUCACGUUUCCACGCACGGCUGGGAAGUGCUCUGGUGCUGCGCAGAAGAUCAUGUACUUGGCUGACGACUACUGGAGGAAGCACAAAAUCCGCCACCUCGCGAACAUCACAUAUGCUACCGCCGGCAACGCAAUCUUCGGCGUUGAGAAAUACGCUACAGCGUUGAUGGGGGUCGCGGCGAACCGGUGCAUCGCCGUCAACUACUGCUUAGAGCUGGUGGAGCUGACGUGCGUUGCGGCUGUGUUUGUGGACAGUGCUGGUCAGACCAUAACCCUCCCAUACAACCUUCUCCACGUGACCCCGCCCAUGAGUCCACCGGUCGACCUUCGGAGAUGCACUGAACUGGUCACCGCCGCCGGCUACUUGUUGGUCGACCAGCACUCACUGCAGCACCAACUAUCGGCCAACUAUAAGUCGACCAUAACCCUCCCCUACAACCUUCUCCACGUGACCCCGCCCAUGAGUCCACCGGUCGACCUUCGGAGAUGCACUGAACUGGUCACCGCCGCCGGCUACUUGUUGGUCGACCAGCACUCGCUGCAGCACCAGCGGUAUGGCAACGUGUUUGGAGUUGGUGAUUGUUUGUGCACGCCGAAUAGCAAAACCGCUGCUGCUAUCGCUCAACAAACAGCCGUGGUAGAGCAGAACCUGACAGCAGUGAUGCAAGGGAUGGAGCCUAUAGCGCGGUACAACGGCUACGGGGCGUGCCCGCUGCUGACGUCAUACUCUAAGGGCAUACUGGCCGAGUUCGUUUACGACAAGAAACCUUGGGAGACCUUCCCCUUUGACCAGCUUUAA